GACAGCUUCAAACCCCUACCGACAUCCGUGCCGAGUGGACGCUCCCUCUCGCUCUGUCCUCUGACCGAAAUUCUUAGUCACUUUUUUUUAAGAUUAGUUACAUUUCCUUUCGUUGGAGGAAUUGGGUGAAUUUCUCUAUUCAUUCCUUGUGUCUGAAGAAUACCGGGACUUUUCUGAAGGCGAAGGACUUUCCCUGACGAGACUGUAUUCGAGUGUUGCUGAAUUCUGACAGACGAAAGACAGACAACGACAGUGACCUCAAGCCUUCCUCUGCUGCAGGAGUAGCAAGGAGUGGCUUCUUCUAAUUCGAUGAGCCAGUUCUAAGGAAAGCACUAUGGGAAGUCUCCGAGAACGUAUAUGAUCACAAAAGGACACUAGGUUAGCCCAGCGAGGCCGAAGACUUCUGUACAGAGGAACAACAUGAAGGCAAUAUCACCCCUAACAAGUCUGCUCGUGGUACUGGGCGUCCUGACGGCGGCCGCGGCUCAGUCUCUCUUCGACGGCAUCGACUUCACCCACGGGGCCAGCGACGCCGAGACCUCGCCUCCUGAGGGCACGUCACUCUUCUCCCUGGACGCCCGGGAUGAAGGGGGGCAGCAGGAGUCUCUCUUCGGGGGCGUGAAGAUGUCCCACAGCGUCAAGGAGCUCGAGGAAGAAGGAGUACCGCUGGGGUCCCUAGAGAGCUUCAGCCCCUCGAGGAGGGCGACUCUUUCCGAGCUUCAGGUGACGAGUCGGCCCGUUCGGCCUCCCUCCGGACGCAGGGUGGCCUCCGCUACCGUGUCGGUCGGGCUGUCGGGGGCGCAGAGGGGCUCCGGGAGCUCCCUGUUCGACGCGGUUCCCUUUGCUGGGGCGAAUCCAAACCAGGAUCGAGGCUUUGGGUCCAGCAGCAGCAGGAGCAUUGGCAGGGGGCCAUCUCCGUUCCAUGACGCCCCUGAUUAUGCUGCAUCUGCUUCUCAGGAUGAUUACGUCGUGGAUUAUGUGGACGACUAUGAGGACUCGGAAACGCAGCCCUCGAAGUUCACGCACAGGUUCCUUCUGCCUGCCGACCAGAACGAUGAGUAUGGAAGCAACGAGAACGACAACGGCGACUCCACCUCGCGCGCCCUCCAGGUCCUGGCUCGGUCGGCGCAGCAGUUGGCGGCCGCGCUGGAGGAAAGGCAAAGCAGCGACCACCACUCCACUUUCCCCCACCAAGUGCAGGGAGACUUUCACUCCGUCCUGGAGACUCUGGCCUCCAAGAACUCCGGAUCCAGAGGGACAGGAAGUGAAGGAGCCGACGGAGAAGAUGAGACGCCCUUUUUAACGGAAGAGGAUUUGUCGAAACUCUCCAAACUCUUCGGCUCCUUGGAGGUUGAUAGCAAGGAGGCUGCGGCUCCCCUGGGCAACCAAGACAGUAUGGAUGAAAAGCAAAUUGCUGAGAUCAGGCGGAAGCGACUUGAAGAUCUGCGCCUGGCUCUCGAAAUCAUAAGGGAUUUUGAAGAGCCUACCUCUGAGGGCGACGAGGGAGACGAGGAAUUCGAGUUAAUGUUGGCCAAAUCACUCUUCAGUAAGAAGAUCAACUCCCUGACCGAGCUGAACAGGAAGCAACGAGACUCUUUGGAUUCUCUGAUGGAAAGCAUGAGGAGCAGACGCUCUGAUUCUUUCUCUCUCGACGCUCUGUCUCUGUUUCCUUUCAAUACGCUUGCUUUUGCUGCUCUUGGUGCAGAUACAUUGUCUUCCCCAGUUUCGGAUACAAGCAGGUAUCUCCUUCCUAGCCAGAAUGUGGCACCUGCCCGUGAUCCAGGCCCGCCUUCCCCUCCUCUAACACUUGGAACUUUAAAUUCUUAUCUGCCCCCUAACCAGAACCCAGCACCGCUUCGUAACCCUGGCCCACCUUCCCCACCUCCAACAACGGGUCUUGUGAAUAGUUAUCUCCCUCCCAAUGGAAACCCAGCACCUCCGCGGGAUCCAGGGCCACCUGCCCCUCCUCCUUCUCCACCUGUCAUUGUUCCUGCGACGGCAUACACCCUCCCAGCUGUUCAAACACAGUCUAAUCCUUCGGCGUCUUACUUGCCUCCACAACCAAGCCCUCAAGCCAACCCACUUCCUCCGACUAUCAUUUAUGCUCUUCCAGCUCUCCCGGCAGCACAGGCGGAUGCUGGGCCUCCUGCGCCACCACCCACAACUACAACCACAACACGACGUCCUGCUCGGACUUACCUGCCUCCUUUCCGAGAUGAAGUUACCCCUCAGAGAGGUUAUCGGCCACCUGCAGUUCCUUUGCCUCUGGAAACUUCUAAUGACGACAACUUAAAUGACUGGAGACCUUUAUCGAAUCCAAACAACCACAGAGGCUACAGCAGUGACCCUCUUGACGUCCCAGGUGGAGGACGUGACACUCGUAAUGAAACUUCCAGCGCCGUCCACAACUACCACUAUCACUACCAUAUAACAGGAAGCAAGGACGAGAUCUUCCAGACCGAGGGCAAAGCCAGCGCAGACAAGCCAGCCCGCGACAGGGUCAAGGAAUGUCAGUCCGGAAUAGACUGCAGUUUAUUUGAGCCUUCACACUUCCUCACAGCACCCAAUCAGGCUGAUGAUUUUAGCGAGUCGUCCUACACCUCACUAGAUCAGGAAAGAAGGCCGAGUGCAGACAGGCCACGCCCUCAACCUCCUCUGAAUCCACGCCGUCCUUCGCGGGGUUAUGGCCCACCGCCUACUACGACGCCCGCUGACCCACCGGCGCCCAUGUACGGCUAUGGUCCUCCUCGAACAACGACGCCGGCCAACCCCCCGGCCCCUGUGUAUAGCUACGGGCCUCCUCCCACGACAACGCCUGCUAACCCUCCAGUCCCUAUGUAUGGUUAUGGCCCUCCGCCGCCCUCAAACCCUCCACCUCCACCUCCGCCUCCACCUCCACCUCCACAAGUCUAUGGACCUCCUCCAACAACCCCUGCGACUCCUCCAUCGCCUCCCCCAGCAGUGUACGGUGCUCCACCGGCCAACCCACCAGCUCCACCACCAACACUGCCUCCAGCCAAUCCCGCUCCUCCAUCUCCUCCUCCUCCUCCGCCUCCUCCUCCUCCCACCGCCGCGCCCCAGAACAUUUACUUACUGCCCGUCCCAAAGCAACCUAAAGCUCCCCUGGACCCGUUUGCCUUCCUGAAACCGAAAGCUAAGAAGGCCAAGCCAGGGCAGCUGGUGGCAUUCGGGCCUCUGCCAGUCAGACGUCUGCCCGCCCAGACUGUUCAGCUUGCAAACAAUCAACAAAGCAAUCCUGUAGCCAACGACCAGACGAACAUUCUGACACAGCAAAGGGACCAAUUGCAACGCCAGUACUUACAAAACGAGCAACAGCUUUUGCAACAGCGCCAGCAACUGAGAGAUCUAAAUCAGUUGCAAAUGCAGAUAAGAAUGCAAGAGCUUCAACGAGAGCAGUUAAAGAAAACGCUGUUCAACCAGGUCAGCAAGGACAAGUUCGGGGGAGACUUCAAAAAGAUGUUUUAUAAAGGCGCGGUGUUACUUGGCGCAAUGUCACUCAUCCCCUUCGCAGCUGGCCGCCGACGGAGGGACGCGGAGUGGCGCGCGAGGGCCACCGAGGAACCCCUUCUUGAGAGGGCCACCGAACUCUCAGCUUUCGUGAAUGAGUCACUCGCACUCAACGUCACGAACCCUCAUGACAGACAAACCGAUGGCGAAGUUGCGAAGAUUCUCCAACUUGUCGGGAUAAGCAACAUCUCAGAGGCUGGAUUACAAGAGGUCGAGUCUUCGCUCCCGCCGCCACCCGUCUUGAAAGACCCGGUCUGCCUCCAGAGGUCCUUCUGCUCGCUUAUGGAAGGACUUGAGGGAACUGAGUAUCAUCAUGACUUUCUUCUUCAGUACUGGAAGAUGUUCCCGGACGGCAGGAGGAAUCCCGUCGUGGCGAAGGCUCUGAGUUUAGCCGAAGGGCGAGAAGCUGGGGAAGAGACUGAGAUUCCAGAACAGAACGAUGUCUGUCAGGCUUACCGCUGUCCUGUGCCCGAUCACUACCUUUAACUACUCUCUAUUAGCCCUUUGUGAGAUAGAUAAACUGUACAGAUCAAUUAUUGUCACAGGGGGACAGUGAUUGUGUAAAAGAUCAUGUAAAUUCUUGUAAAACUUUAUUCGUUUUCUGUAUGAAUGUCGAUCUAGCAUAGAAUCUGUUUAUGAAGUAUAAAAAACAUUUUCACACCGAUAUUUUCCUCGCUUCUUUCCAGUUAUAACGUGCUUUCCUGAUUUUGAAAAGAAAAAAAAGAAUAUCGCCAUGAAAAACUAAAUCAACAAUUUGAUAACUAAAACUGAUAUUCUUUUUGCCUCGACCAAGAAAAAUUAGACAGAGAAAACUCCUUUUAAGAAAAUUGCAAACGCCUCAAAAUUGCUUGAGCUUCUGGUGCAACGGCCCUCCCUCUUGCCUUUGCUUUAUUCCCCAUGCACAAAUUUCUUUAGUUACCCAGACAAAAGGAGCAAAUGCUAUAUCCAUAACAGACCCGAAACCAAUAUUAUUCGUAUAUUUAAAUGUUCAUAUAUGUUGUUGUUUUUUUACAAACCUGUUAUAUGUUACGUAACUUAUAUUAUUCACUAACUUAUGUAACUUGAAUCAUUGUAUAACAUUAGUAGACGAGGUUUGUCAUUCACUCGUUGUUAAAAAGAGAUUAGUGUAUGGCCUGUUUCAUGUAAUCAUAUUCAUUAAACAGAUUCAUCUUAA